UUAGCCGUAAGUUUCUCUACUCGAUAACUUUAUUUACGGAUGUUUACAAUUUAAGGAUUAUUUAUCAGUUGCUACAUCCACGUAACACCAAUGUAAAUAACUUAUUAUGAUCUUCCAAUAAUGUCGACGCCAUUGUCUAUCCGUGUCCCAAGGUGGCACAACGGCCUACAGUCGACUUUGCUAGAUCAGUUUGAGAAUUUUAACGAAUAGCAUAACUCCAUGUUUAGAGAGCGUUUAGAGUAUCGUUAAUAUGUUCUAUGGGAAAGUGAAAAUGUUUCUGUUAUUGUUCAUUAGUUUGGUGUCCAUGUGUGACUUCCACGUGUUAUCAAAAACACAUUCAACAGAACUCUACGAUGAUGCCAACGACUUAUCGGACCGAUUAACGGCUUUUCCGCCAUUGUCUGAUGAAAUCACCGAACUCACGCCUACGAUCCAGAAUAAACAGAAGGCAAAUCGUAAAUACGCGGAACUUGUCGGUCGACCAAGCAGAAAUGUGCUAUUUGAUAAAGAGUUUGGUUCGCUUCCAGACGAAAAUAAGAAGAAAGAAGCCUCUGAAUUUUCAGGUUCAUCUCCAUUCAAAUUAUCACUAGAUUUGACAGCAAAAAAAAGACAAUGGCCUCAAAUAAUAUUUGACAAGCGAUUGUGGAAGAGAGACCUUUCCGACAAAAAUGAUCACGCAAGGAACGGUAUAUCAAGAAGGAAUUUGACGAAAGCGCAAGUAUUAGGACGUUUGCUAUUGAGUAAUGUUCCAAAGAAAAAUGAAGAGGAUGUUCAGGAUGAUUAUAUUGAGGUCGAUGACGACGAUGACUAUUCUAAACACAAGAAUAUAAAGAAGAUGAAUUGGGAGGACUAUCGGAACGAAGAUGGAGCAAGUGUGAUGGAGUUGGUCGCUUUAAAUACACGACACAAGAUGUAUAUGCAACUAGGUCUUGAUAACGAUUAUUUAUAUUAGAAAUAGCAACGAGAAUACCGAACUCGUUUUAACAUCAGGUUGAAAUCAUUUAAACACGAUCAAGAAAAUGUUUACAGGAAGUGUAAAGGAGAAAAAGCUAGAUAUUUUGACUGAUUUGAUAGUCCUAAUGUUAAUUGACAUUGUAGUGUUCAAUUCUAUAUUUUAUUAUUAAAAAUAGUCCUCGAUCGCGACAAUUCUUAUUUAUCGAAUAGUAAAUCGGUAACAUAUCGAAAUCUUUUAUUUUACAUAUCUUUAUUAAAAGUAGAUGUUGAUCGCGAUCCCACUGAUCAUAAAUAUAUUCGAUUGUCAUUUAUAAAAUACUAAUCGAACAGUAUUGCAACAUUCAAAAUCCCACAUUUCAUUAUUAAAAUCAAAUCUUCAACACACGAUCCUACCGAUUAUAAAUAUAUUAAAUUAUCGUGUACCGAAUCACGGUUACUGGCAAAGAUACGUCGAAAUAAAAUUCCUAUUUUAUCCAGCUCA